CAGCUUAUACAAUGAAGAGAGGAAUUUACUUCGAAUCAGAGAACGCGAGAGACGGAAUCAGGAGAUUCUACAAGAAAGACACCCGUUCAGUGAUCAUGCUCCCCUUUUUCCAGAACCUUACAAGACAAGUAAAGGUGAUGAAUUAUCCAGUCGUAUACAGAGCAUGCUGGGUAAUUAUGAAGAAGUUUAUGAAGAAAUAAAGGAAUUGAUUGGUGUGACGUCCCACCAGAAUCCUAUUAGUUUCCCUUCAAGUGCUUUACCAGUCUCUUCACUAGUGAAAUCCGAUAAGCAGCACUCUUUUCAAAGCGCUACCCGUCGGUCUUUGGG